AUGGACAUUCUGGGACUCAUCCUCCUCUCUCUCGCGCUUUCCCUCAUCCUGGCUUUUUUCCUGUGUCCUCUAUUCUUCAAGUCAUGUCCGGAGCGAGGAAGCCUCUCCCCAGGUCCUCCGGCUUUCCCCCUCGUGGGCAACCUUUUUUGGCUACGCCACUCCUUUUGCGAAAUCGAGUCUGUCCUCCGGCGCCUGCGGGAUACGUACGGCCCCAUGGUCACUAUCCACAUCGGCUUCGUUCCCACUGUUGUCAUCUCCGACGCGGACCUCGCCUAUAGUAUCCUCGUCGAGAAAGGUUCCCUCUUCGCCGAUCGCCCCCCAACGACUCCUGUUCUCCGGGUCCUCAGUGGAGACCAGUGCGUUGUGAGCGACUGCCGCUAUGGACCUGCCUGGCGAGUUCUCCGCCGCAAUAUGACGGCGGUGAUCCUCCACCCAUCGCGUAUCAAGGAGUUCUCACAUUACCGUCGGCGGGCAGGCGGAGUCCAUAAAGACGAGCUUCGCCGGCAGGCCGAAGUCGGGGAGCCGGUGGCGGUGCUGGACAGCUUCCGGUACGCCUUCAUUUCUCUGUUCGCUUCGAUGUGCUUCGGUGAGAACUUGGAGGAGAAGACCGUUCGGGAGAUCCAGAGGGUUCAACACGACAUCUCUGUCCAUUUCGUCAAGGUCAACGUUUUUCUUAUCCUCCCCCGAGUAGGAAACUAUAUUUACUGGCGCCUGUGGAGGAAGAUCGGAGAAAUUCGCCGCAGGCAGGAGGGCCUUCUUGUCCCAUUGAUCAAAGCCCGCCGGGAGCGGAGUGAAGAGAUGAAGAAAAGGGGAGAGGAUAGCUUCCAAUUCUCGUAUGGAGAUUCGCUACUCAACCUGGAGCUCCCCGACGAGGAGGGGAGGAAGCGAAAGCUAAGAGAGGAGGAGAUCAUCUCCCUCUGUUCCGAGAUUUUAACCGCCGGCACGGACACGACAGUGACUGUGCUGCAGUGGAUAAUGGCGAACUUGGUGAAGCACCAACACAUACAAGCGAGGCUGUUCGAAGAAAUCUCCGCCGUUGUCCGCGACGGGGAGGACGUGGAGGAGGAGGACCUGGGCAAGCUGCCCUUCCUCAGGGCCGUGAUCAUGGAAGGCCUUCGGCGGCAUCCCCCGGCACACUUCCUCUUGCCUCAUUCGCCAGUGGAGGAUGCGACCGUUGAAGGGUACCUGAUACCUCGGGGGACAAACGUCAAUGUUACGGUGACGGAGAUGAAUUGGAACUCGAAGGUGUGGUCGAAUCCAAUGGAGUUCAGGCCGGAGCGAUUUCUCCCCGGUGGAGAAGGCGAAGGGCUGGAGAUAACCUGUAGGAAGGAAAUAAAGAUGCUGACUUUCGGGGCGGGGAGGAGGGCCUGCCCCGCGUUAGACCUGGCCAUGCUACACCUCGGGUACUUCGUAGCCGAUAUGGUGCGGGAGUUCGAGUGGAACGCGGUCAAUGGGGAGGACGUGGACAUGUCAGAACAGAUGGAGUUCACCAUUGUCAUGAAGACACCUCUGAAGGCCACUCUCCUGCCACGCGCGAGAAAUACCAAGCAGAUUCUGUAG